AUGUGUGUUCUAAGGCCAUUCCCCAGUUCUCUACGCUUCCUCAUCCAGCAACACCUGGAGCUUCUCCACACCCUGCAGGAGAGGGUCCUCAAGUGCCAGUGGCAGGGCAUCAUGGGAGAUGUAUUCAUGAGGCUCACCAGCAAAGAGAGUGAUUUCCUGGACUUCUACGUGUCGUAUCUUAAGGAGCUGCCUGAAUGUCUGUCUGUGGUCAGCAUGUUGACCACCACCUCACUAAAAGCAGCCGGCCUGUUUGAGGGUGACAUCAUGGGGGACGAGACACACCCCUCUCUCCACACUCUGCUCCUCCAGCCAGUACAGAGGAUCCCUGAGUACCUUCUGCUGCUGCAGACCCUGUUGAAGCAGACGGAUGCAGAGCACCCUGACUACUACCUGCUGCUGCUGUGCAUCCAGCAGUUCAGUGCCUUCACUGCCCAGUACGCCCACCUACUGCAGCACAACCAAGAGCUGCUCCUGCACAACCGCAAGGAGCUCAAGAGGUCAGCUUCUGAUCCAGGCUCAGAUUUGGUGUUUUGGUCAACUAUGAAGCAGUUCUUCAAAAACGUGGACUGUGGUAACAUUAUGCAAGCCAAUGAGAUGGGUUCUCCUUACCCCAGCAGCAAUGCAAUACUUCUCCCCCUCUCCCCUCACAGAGAGCAUGCCAACCAGGUGAAACGCAGCAAACAGAGGCUCCUGGAGCAGAUCCAGUCUAGACGCUUUCAGGACUGGGAUAGUGAGGCCCACCACUCCGACUCUGCCAUCCCGUUUUUCUCCCCUGACACCGACCCUCGCCUCAAACCCCCAUGCCUGCAGAGCAUCCCUGAGAUGGGGUCAUCAGAGCGGCUGCCCAGCAAACGGCUGCCCCCAGGCUCAGCCAUGGCCGAUACCCUGGGGGAGUUCCUUCUCCCUGGGGAUGCCCCGGGCUUGGAGGGUCUGUAUGAGGACACAAACUCAUCUCUUCACAACAUGUCCAUGUUUGACCAAUGCUCCAGUGCUUCCUCUGACUCUAGCAUCGACAUUGCCUUUGUGCGCUACCCCAAGAGCCACCAGGCCGUCCGUGAGGUCUACAACAGCGGGGGCAGCCGGGAGAGUGGGUACAAGCAGCUGCCUGGUCGGGGGUGCGUGUCUCCAGACGAGGCCGGAAUGAUGCGAGUUCACCACCACCGCCCCCUGCAGGCCGAUCAGCGUAAGAGCAAGUCCCUGAACGGGUUGCAGCUGGACAGCACUGUGAGUGGGGAUAGUGGCCCCGGACAUCUCUCUGACCACCUAAGGGGCCACGGGGCCCACCAACACCCCAAGCUGGAGAGGCAGUCCAGUAAUAAAUAUCACCCACGCAGCAGCAAGAGCCAGAGCAGCAACAACAGCCCCAUCAGCCCCCCGCAGCAAAAGGCAGAGCCAGAGAGACAGAUAGCAGCCACUGAAGAGCUACAUAACCACCACAACAAGGACUCUGGGAGCCUACCCUGGGGGGAGGAGCCAAGAUGGAAGGCUGAGGGGAAUAACCACACCCCCUUCAGUGAGAGGAGCCGGAAACAGGAGAAGGGAGGAUUCAGAAGCUCCUUCAAGAAGCUCUUCAAGAAAAAGUCGGGGGGAGGAGAGAAAGACAAGGACAAAGAUAAGACAGAAAGKCAGAACUCCAGUGAGCAAGAGGCAGUCAAUACCCCAGGAGUUGCCCACCUAGGCAUCGACCGUGGGACUGCUGUGUGAAGUGUGACUAGAACCACACUACAAAUUAAGUGGUCUGAGAAAGGUUUCAAAUAGGUGCCUUGAUAACGCACACACACACUUCUAAGCAAAAUUAUAGGCUUUAUAGACACACAUACACAAUGCAAUAUGAAACAUGCUGGAAGACCAAAUCAGACUGACGUACUCCUUUCUUAUAUAACUACUGUAAAAAUACUGUAUAGGUUAAGUAUUUGUUUUUGAAUUAGUACUAGUUUUUCCAUUUUAGAGGUCUCAAUAUCCAUGGAGAUAAUAUAUUUUGUAUAAUACUGUAUACUCAUGAACUGAAAUAAUGUAGGUAAAGAUCUAUAUUUGCCAUCAAGAUGAUUGGAAUAAAUAUCUCCCCCUCAAACCAAAAUGUUGAUUUUUAAUGUGAAGUUAUUUUUUGAAUUUUUAUAAAUGAAAUUGUGACAAGACAAAUUAAACAAAAUAAGAAAAGUCCACGUUGUAAUCAAUAUUCUCUAUACCACAUGUUAACCAACCAAUAAUGUAUUUCUGAAAAAUCAUAUUGCCUGCUUAGCAAUUACUUCCCUUUAAAAAAUAUAGGUACUUAUCUACAAUGCUUGCAAACCAUAAAAUGUGAAACAGAUUCAACAUUUCCAUCAUAUUUCUGUACGACAGACACAACAGCCUUCAGUUCCUUCUUUUAAUSUGUUAACCAGUUUCAUAAAUCUGUCACACAUUUGAAACAAAAUAUAGGCAAUUAUACAGUAUGUAAAACCAACCGAUUUUAUUUUACAGUAUAUACAUGUAAUAAUGUGCAUUGCAAUAUGAAAAUGGUAAUGCAGCAUAAAGGAAGAACUAGUUUGUCCAUAAUCAUUACACAUGUUUACUGUGCAAAUUAAAACCAACAUGAAUUUUGUAGUGUUUUGACUUUUUUCCUUCUACACAACUCGUUUCCUUUUGUU